AUGCCCAUAGACAAGGGAGACCGGAUCUCCUUCGGAGUGACCAUCCAGCUCUCCAUGGUCGUGUCUCUCGUGUUUGUCACGGAGGUACUUCCUGUGAAAGGAGCGCUGCCAUAUUUCGCCUCGCUGAUCGUCGUGUGCAUGGCGCUGAUGGGACUUUUCCUCCUCUUCACCUUGUACAUCAUCAGCCUCCACGACAAGGAGGGGAGUCUGUCUCCGAUGGCGAAGACUUUCUUUCUCCGCUACAUGGCAAAGUUCCUGCUGCUCGGAGACCUCACAGAGAAGGAGGCUGCGAGCGGGGAUGGAGAAGCUGGCCUGACCGGCGGGAAGCUGGCCUGGCCUAAGCGGGCCAACCGCGUGGUCCCUGCCGAUGACGUGGUGGUGACCGACGUGGAGACUCCCGCCGCUGUCUCCAAGACAACCCGCCAGCACACCCGCCUGGAGGCAGCCCUGGAGGAACAGACCUCUUGCCUGCGUAACCUGAUCCGCAUGGCUGAGGAGCAGGCGGUGCAGGGCGAGCCGAAGGUGUCCGAUUACACCUUGCUGACCCAGGUGCUAGACAGGCUGUGCCUUGUCCUGUACGUCAUCAGCGUUGCCGUGGCCGUGCCCAUGACCAUGUAUCUGGGCAAGUAA